CUGAGUCAAGGUUCCUCCUGGGCAAGCGGAGAGGAAGUAAAAGCGAUGCCCAUGAACGCAAAGCUCUGGAGGUCCCGAAGCUGUUUGGACCUCGAUCCGUACAAUUUUAGCAGGCAGAAACACCUGGAAAUUCAGUAAUUAAUCUGCAGACAUGGAAGGCAAGGGGCCCUAUCGAAUCUAUGACCCUGGUGGUGGGACACAGGAAGAAGCAUCUGCUGCCUUCGAACGGCUAGUGGAAGAAAAUGUAAAACUUAAGGAGAAGAUGCAGGGAAUUAAAUCUCUAGGUAACGGAGAGUUAUUAGAAGAGUCUCAGUUAGAAGCCUCCAGAUUACGUCAAAAAGUGGAAGACCUCGUGAAGGACAACGAAAUGCUAAGAUCAACCUCCUCUUUUGAAAAAUUUGAAGAAAUAGCAGGUGGGAUUCCAGAACUUUGCUCGUCCUCUGAUAUUCCGGUCGAGGGUGAGAAGAACCUAGAAAAAGCAGCACAGAAGCCAUCUUCCAGUGGAUCCUCAUCUGAAUUUGAAAUUGUUGCCAAUGAAGAUAAGAGGUCCUCUCAAGAGAGUAGUAGGAAAUCUGACUUAGAGCCGCUUCUGAACGAGGACACCAACCUUAUGCUCCACCUUCAGCGCUUCGAGAACACCCUGAGUCUUUUCGCUGAGGAGUCUGACAAAACCCAGCUUUUUGCCCAUCUGGGGCGCAUGGCUCUGGAGUUUAACCGCCUGGCCUCCAAAGUGCACAAGAACGAGCAGAGGACAUCCAUUCUUCAGGUCCGAGGGCUGCUGACAUUGUGUGAACAAUUACGGAAUGAAAAUGAGGAGCUGAGGACAAAGUUGGAGAGGGAACUAGAGCAAAGGAACGAGAUAUCAGAGAAACUAAGGUGUGAGAAUCUGGAACUCAGAAAGAUGGUGAUGACGGGAAGUAAGGAAAGUGUGAAAGCAGAAAAUACAGAAUAUGCUGGUCAGCAACAGAAGGGAGCUACAGAGGAGCAAGCAGCAGGGAAGAGCAUGUUGGGGGCAAGUGAGAAGAAAGUGAAGAUACUUGAACAUCAGCGCAAUGAGCUAUUGGAAGUGAAUAAACAGUGGGACCAUCAUUUCAGGUCCAUGAAGCAGCAGUAUGAGCAGAAGAUAACAGAUCUACGGCAGAAACUUGCUGACUCCCAAAAGGCCCUAGCAGAGUUGGAGACAGAGCGGGAGCAGAAACAGAGGGAUUUUGACCGCAAACUUCUCUUGGCAAAAUCCAAAAUUGAAGAAGAAGAGGCAGAAAAAGAGAGACUCAGCCGGGAGGUGAAGGACCUCAAGCACAAGGUGAAGUUUCUUCAGGAUCAAUUGGUUCCUGUCACAAGGCAAAGAGAGUACCAGGAGAAGGAGAUUCUCCGACUAAAUAAGGCCCUAGAAGAGGCUCUGAACUUCCAAGCACCUCCUCAUUCCCCCUCAGCCUUCAAAAACGAUCCUAACCCAAGUCUCCGGCACCAGGAAGUGAUGACCCAGAACGAGCUUCUGAAACAGCAAGUGAAGAUUUUUGAGGAGGAUUUCCAGCGGGAACGGAGUGACAGGGAAAGGAUGAAUGAAGAAAAAGAGGAACUGAAGAAGCAGCUAGAAAAACUUCAGAAGCAGAUGACCCUCACUAAUAACCAGCUGCGAAUUGUUAAAGAAGACUACCACAAAGAGAAGGAAGAAAAGGAUAAGUUUAAGAAACUGCUUAAACAGCACAAGCAGCAUUCGGGUGACAGACUGCAUCCCGAACUACAGCCAGGACAAAUUACCCCAAUCUGCCCCAUGUACCAGUUUCAGUGCUCUCCUCCAGUCCAACCACAUGCUUAUCAUGGUUUUGAGGACUGGCAGCAGAUCCGCUACCCACCCCCAGCAGUGGCAAAUGAGCAUCCUCCAAUUCAGAACUAUCAUCGUUUCCCACCUCCAGAUUAUACCUGGUACCCACCAUGUGUUAUAGCACACAAUCAGAACACACAAGGAGGGGAUGGAGUGAAACAGUUUCCCAAGGAAUCUGACCCUACAGGUCUCGGGUUACCUAAAGCUCAAAGACCCGUUUAACUUUGUGGUGAUAUGUGUAAGCUGCAGAAGCAAGACAGCCUUCAUGUGUUAAUCCAGCUCAACUCCUUUACUUCUGGGAUAUUGGUCACAUUUAUUUGUGCAUAAAAAAGUUCCACACCACUUGGAUGCUUGAGAUAAUAAGCAGGAUUUUCUCUGCUGCAUUCAAGGAUUCAGCUGCAAGAGAACAACUGUCAAGCCCCAGCAAUGAAGACUAGGAAUUCUGGAUUAACAGGACCUAUGUUUAGCUGAUUCUCUUACAGUCGGGCAGCUGUAUAUCUAGGAUGUGGCAAUUUUGCAUUUACUGGUAGAGGAAGCAGGCUUUGGGCAGGACAGCGGUCCUUUACUAGUAAUUAAUGCCUGUAUAAGUUCAGGAUUCAGUAGUUGCCCAAGGACAAAGAAAUAAUGUAUAGGAAUAAAAAUGAAAGAUACUUUUCCUACACUGAAAUAUACACUGAAUAUAUAUAUAUAUAUUCACAUGCACAUUAAAACUUGUAGUUGUCAAUAAAUGUUUUAACCCCAGUGAAUGUCAAUUUGAGUUGAAAACUGUCUAAUACUGUUUUAAUUACCCCUCUACCUUACCCUGUAAAAUAUGGCAGCCUUUUUUGCUCCCUAUUAGUUGGAAUAAUAUACCAGUUCAUCAUCGCAUGCAUGUUGCUUAGUAGAAUUAUAUCUGUUUAUUUAAACUGCUCAGUGGGAAAAAGACUCCAGAUUUCACUUUCCUGCUUCUGUUUCAUCCCAUUCCUAGUUACUAUUGAACCUAACUGGUGGACUAGAUAGAUUUGUUUCCUGAUAUAACAAUUCUGUCCUGAUUUCCUUUCGUUGGCAAAAGGAUAUCUUUGGCCUUCCCACGACAGAUAUGAAAAAAUGUCUCUUUUUUUUUCUCAAACAGAUUACUGAUCCCUUGGAGCAAUGUUAUAAAAUGCUGAACCAGCCAAGCAUUUUUCAAAGUGUGUAGCACUGGAAGUGACCUAAAUUGCUUGUUACAUGCUCCUGUAAAACAGGGAAUGUCUAUGCUCAUUUGAAAAUCGGAUUCACGUUCACCAGUAAGGACGUAAUUGAGAAAUAAUUGAGUUUCUUUUUCUUUAUCAAAUAAAGAAAAGGAAAAAUAAUUUCAGAAUGUUCACAGCGCAAAGAAAAAGGCAGUGUUUGAAGAACCUGCAAAACCUCUUUUUUUAAAAAAACAACAACACCAUUUUCACUGAGUUUACUGUCUGUCAUAGAUCUUUCAAUUAUUAUAGAAUAACUUGUAGGAAGAUGUGAAAGAAGUGAUAUAAUAAGAUGUUUGGUCCGUCUACAGUCUCUAAGUGGAGACCUCUUAACGAAACAUUUUGAGAAGUUCUAAGUAUAAGCUGCCACUGUAUUUAUGCAGGCCAAUAUUUUACUAGCUAUAUUCUGGUUUCAAAAAAGCUUUUGAAAAAUUGUGCAAAAUUAUCCUAACUAUGUUCAGUUUAAUAAAAUACAAGUUUUCCUGGGCUGCGCCUGGA